UUCGUCCCCGGUGAGAAGAACGUCGCCUGCGURGAGGUGAUUCGACCCAUCUCACCUGGGGAGGAGAUCACCUGUUACUAUGGUGCCAGUUUUUUUGGCGAAGGCAACGAAAUGUGUGAAUGCUGCACCUGCGAGAGAAAAGGGGAGGGUCACUUCAAACACAGAGGGAAGCAGCCUGAAUGUGAGGAAACAAAGGACGCCGUGGGCCAAAAGUACCGCCUGAGGGAGCGAUAUCUUCGUCACCACAGAGAGAAAGGUCWUUUUACCGCGAGACCACCAGGAAUACACGCCGGGAUUUUUAAAGCCAUCCCCUCCAGGAACUCCUUCACUCAGCAGAUGAGGAGGAACGCCUUGAAGAACCGAAAACUGAACGAAACCAAGAAGUGGAGGCGAGAGAAGCAGAGGCGUUCGGGGAAGCUCCCGCUGAAGUCCUCCUCUGUGAAAUGUUACAAGACGCUUCCCCUCCUGUCCCAGGUCACCCUGAGGGAGGUCCGGGUCAGGGUCCGGCGCCACAGCGUGGACUUCCUCCUCAGCUGUAAGAACCCGGGCAGCGAACAGAGAGCCUUGCUGCAGCAGCUGGAGGAGGCGAGGCCGAACUGUGUGAAGCAGGCGAAAUCAGCCGAAGAGGAAGACGACAGCAGCAGCGCCGUCGCUUCGAAGCCUUCCGCUCCGAACUCCUCCUCCAUGCCUGUGAACCAGGAGCACAGAGCCGUCAAAACGGCGGACAGGCCCGCUCGCAUCAGGACCGCCUCCAGAAGAAAAGGAGCGGCUCGAACGGCGCAGCAGGUGAAGACGGAGCCUGUUCAGGACGACACGACCUGCGACGCAUCGACACAAGUGGAGGCGGUGAAAACAAUCACAGAAAGUCGAAACAACAACAACAACGGUGCUGAACCUGCCGUCAGCACCAAGACUGAGGGUCCAGGGGCGGAGCAAAACCACGAGACUCUCAGGGAAACCCCUCCAAACGUCGCAGCUGCACCAGAGAAGGCUGCGGACAAUCCAGUGAAAUGCCUGAAGCAAUACAUCACCGUCAGCCUCACGCGGCUCCCAGCGCCGCCGACUUCAGAGGCGGAGAGGCUCGGCGGAGCGGGAGGCGGCGCCGCCGCCGCCAAACGACGGAGCAAACCCAAACCAGCAGGAAAACAGGUGUCCCAGCUGGACGCCCGCCCGGCUGAAGCUGCAGAGAAGGAAACGCUCGUCAAGGCCAAAGGUAAAGGAAGGAGGCGGCAGAGAGCCGGAGAGGCGCAGGAUUCGUCCGGAGGUGGGGAGCAGAAGGCCGAUGAGGUCGUGGAAGUGCAGGAAGACGASAAAGAAAAGGAGCGGCGGGAUGUGUUGGAAGACAAAAAAGAAGGGAGGGAAGAAAUCUCUGCAUCAAACACUCAAAACGCUGAGAAAGAACCGAAAGUGUCGGAUGAAGUAAACGAAGGACAAAACAACGUCCAGCAUGAAAAACACCUGAACGUGUGCAAGAGAAGAGCGCCUAAAGGGUCGGCACAAACCAAACGGGCUUUGAGGGAACAGCCGGCUGGUAAAAAGGAGGACGAUGUCGUCAUAAAACAGGCAAAGAUUCUGCUGUCGGAUGUCCUCAGAAAAGAUCAACUCCUAACAAACACAAAUCUGCAGGGAAAAGCAGCGUCGUGCAGCGCAGCCUCUGAAGAACCGGAGCGAACAGAUGGAAACGGGUGCGACCGUUCGUUUCUGAGAGGACGAAUGACRCGGCGCCGAACGGUGAAAACAAAAGCGGAGCUCAAGCAAAGCGCCGCGGCGCGCCCGAGCGCCGAGAUCCCGGUUUCGUCGAAGACGGAGGCGAGCGAGAGGAGCUCUCAGCCCGAGCGGAGGAGCAACGAAACGCCGACCACCUGCCUCAACGCACUACCUCAUCAGGAGCAGAUCACAGCUAAAGCCAAGCUGCUUCCAGAUGCUAACCCACCGCUGCACGCCCAGUCCAACAUACCUCUGAAGAAACGCACGUUUCGCAGCUCUGUGGAAACGGAGCAGAGUCUGAGCUCCAUGUCGGGUCAGGCUCUUAAAAAAACUCCUGAGCUCAGCUCCCCUUCUGCUCCCAAACAGAGCUCUGCCACAGGCUCGUCAGACACUAAUGUAAAUAGAGACGGUAAAGUCAGAACGGCCUGCAAAAAGACGAAACAAGCCUCUGUUAUCAGAACGCUUCGACCCAGACCGAACGAGCGAGGCCAUCUGCUGAGGAAAGCCAGGAAGUGCACGUCUCAGAGACAAACAGAGGACAACAUCGAGGGUGAGCUGUCACAGGACCCUGCUGAGGGCAAAUCUAAAAGUCUAACGUCCUGCGAAUCUUUAUCAAAAGAUGAGCUGAAAGCAAACCUCCUGGAGCAGAGCGACUCGGAGGAGACCAAGCCGGCGUUUGAUUUCAAGUUUCGCCUGAAGAGGAGAAGAGGGAAGGUGUGGGAGAUGCAAAACGAAGGGGCAGAGGUAAAAUCGGAAAAGAAAGAGGAUUUAAUGGCGUGUGACCCCUUUAAAGCCAUCAUGGACUCUGUAUCGAUCUUGAACAUGGAGAUGGAGGCUCACGUUCAGGCCAGCAAGAAGUCAAAGAGCCGAUCGGACCGUUUGAAACAAAGGCACGAAAAGAAGAGCGAAGGCUCAGACAGAGGCCGUAAAAACGCAAAAAAUCUAAUCGAGCCGAACGAAAACACAAGCGAAAAAAUGGAGGUUAAUAAGAAGGAGAAUCUGAACGGAGUCCAGCAACUGUCAGAGAAAACGGAGCGUCAGAACCACAAGGUUGAGAGUUUUUUAUCUGUUGAACCUAAAAUAGAAGAUCAUUUCUUUAACAACUGCUGCCUGUUUGAAAGCGGGCUGCAGCAGAAACUGGAACCYGAGCUGAGGCCGAACGGCCUGACUUUACCAACAAUAAAACUACGGAGAAAGACUGAGGACAUUUGGGAAGUGGACAGCAAAAAGGGGCUCUUACAGCCGGAUCCAAACACGGAGUUCAAAUUCAAAAGGGAAACAAAAAGUCAAAUGUUGAAAACAAAAGGAUGCAACGACUCAGGCGUAAUCAAAGAUGAGAACCCGUCUUAUCAAAGACCCGUUCAAGCCCCUCCCAAGACAGAUCUACCUCCAUUUUUCUUGUCUCUGUCCCCGCUGUCGCUGUCGUCGCCCCUGAACGAUAAAGCCGAAGCUGCGCCCUCAGCUGCAGAUAAAACGACCGACAGGUCCAAGGUGAACGAGGAGGAGAGGAAGCAGAGGCACAAAGUGGACAGAGUGCGCAGAUGUGUGCCCGUGGAAACGCCCACCACUUGUCUUAGUCACACACUUCAGCAAAUCGACAACAGCCUCUCGAAGCUGUCCGAAGGCCUGUGCUUGUCUCAGGCGUUGGAAAAGCCCCCCGGCUGCUCCGGUGCUUCUAAUUCAGUCAUCCAGACCCCGUCCGAGUCUCCUCCGUUCGCCACGGCCGACAACAUCCUGUCCGGGGAGCCCAGCUUCACCAACUGCUGCGACGACAUCCUGGACUUCCAGUGCCUCAGCUUCGAGGCGCAGAAUAUUCUGCCGUCGUCRCCGUCGGAUCUGUGCUCGCUGGAUCCACCGGCCGACCCCUUCAGUAGCCCCCUCUCCCACAGCCCGCCUGAUACCUGGACCACCGAGACGCCAUAUCUAGGCCCUCCAAGUCCUCAAAAUAGCUUURCCAGUGAAGAUCUGCAGUUUUUUCCGGGUUUAAUUUCUUCCAAAAACGACUCUGUUCCCUUUGACUGCGACGCUAAAGAUUCCUCUAAAGACAGGCAGCCGCCCAGCCUCGCCUGUGGGUUUUCAGCUUUGGGGAACUCGGAUUUAAUGUCCAAGGACCGAAGCAGAAACGCAGGACUGAGGUCUUCAGCUGUAGCCGGCAAGCCUCGUUUCUGCUGCGCAACCUCAUCCUCUGUUACGGCUCACAAUCCAGUUUCUUUUACGCAAACGUCUAACAUCAAACCCAACGUUGGCCAGUCAAAACCCCACCUGAACCUCAAAACCCAGGGCCCAUUUCAUCGUAUGACCAUUCCAGCCAAGUCCUCAUCCUUCCCGACUAACCAAGCCCGAGGAGCGCCCUCUCAAACGUCCGGCAGGUUCGUCUCSCCGCAGCUCUUCUCCGUUAAAAAUCCAAAUCCUCCCGAGAGUCCGUUCAACUUCCAAGAAAAGUCCUCCACGGUUAUUCACAGGGUCCUGAAGUAUCAGGGAGGAAAUCAAACCCAGAACUUGUACAGCGCGCCCUGUAAGGACGCCACGGCCGCYGGAAGCCCAACGGUCUCCGCGAGAGUGCUCGGUUCAAAGUCGGGCGAUGCGGAAAAGGCUCCGAAGUUUGGUGCUUACACGGAACAUUCUCAGAAGAACCACGCUUCAGUCCACGGCUUCGCCAAGGAGCCCGGCCAGCUCGGUUCCCCCGCCAACCCCGGCAGGUCCAACCUGCACUGCAACAAGCUCAGUUCCUCCUCUUUGCAGGCGUUCGGGAAAAACAAGAUGUCGUCCGACAAGCAGGACGGCGCCGAAGCCAACGCGACGUACAAGAACUUCACCGACCUGCCCAGACCCUUCUUCUUCCCCAGCAAAGGGUCCGACUGUUACCCGUCGCCACAAGACAAGAGCCUGAAACUGGACAAAACCGCCGACAAACACCAGCUCUGUUACGCGCAGCCGGACGUGUACGACUUCAACUACAGCUCCUCUCUGUCGCCCAUGUCUCAGCACAGCAGCCCACAUCUGGCCCACAGCACCCCCCCUGCGACACCAGCACCGCCCAAGAGUCAGCCCACCUCCUCCUCGGCCUCUUUCCCUUACGGCUACCAAGGUCCUCCCUACGUCCUCAACUUCAACGGGGACCACUCGUUGACCCUGGGCCUCAGGGACGGCACCGAGGGCUACCCGGGCUCCACAAACUAUACCUACCACUGCCUGAUGGAGCCCUCGGGCACUCAAGGGCGGCUGGUCCUGGAGCCCCGCCCACCCCAGCUGCAGAACCCAUCGACCCUGGGUGGAUUCUCAGGCCUGAAGGGUCAGGACGUGCAGCAGCAGCAGUGCCCGCCCGGGGAACACCAGGGGGUGCCGCACUACGGGCCGGUCCCAGCCUCUCACUCCAUGGGUGCCACGAAACCCAGGAGGGUGAGGUUAGUGGUGACAGACGGCACCGUGGACCUGGACCUCCAGUACUCCGACUGAACGGACCGGAUCUCCUCAAACAUUUGGAUGUUGUUUUGUGCAAAGGGUUUUUUUUUUUUGUAAGCGUAGUUCAUAGUCCAACGAUUAGAGGUAACGUUUUUCUAAAGAAUUAUUUUGAUCAAAUGUUGAUGCACAAAUCACUUGUACAGGAUUUUAUGAAAAAAAAGUUUUAAUUACUGUUCAAGUAAUAAAAAAAGAAAAAUCCCUCCCAUCCACUACAAUUAAAGUACCAAAUUUUAAAGCAUUAAAAAUGAAUACAGGGAUUAAACCCACGUGAACGUGAAGACCCCUCUGUACUGUAACAUAGAUGUAUGAAUCUUUUAUAACCCGUAUGGUAGUAGAGACAGAACCCACCAGUUGUUUGCUGGUUCUCGCUUUGUGUGGGGUUUUUAACGGGCAGCUUUGUGCCUCGGUUUUCAAUAUUCUCGUGAUGUUUUUGAAGCACCUGUUCGAACCGUCUGCCCUUGUUUUUAUACCAACGUUAAGCUCUCUCUCCUCUCUUUAUGUGCAAGUUAACGCAUGCGUUCGGGCGGGCCUCCGGGGAUCAAAACACGGCGUCAAGUCGUCGUCGAUUACAAGAACGUCGCUUUAAAAGUCAUUAUUCAUCRUCGGCGCUGCAGAGAGGCGUCCACCUCUUAUAGAGCUAAUCUGUUCUUGCUUUUUAAAAUUUGGUUACACUUGUUUAAACGAAUGUUAAAUCAGAAAAAUGAGUUGAUUURAAUACAAAAAGCUAAAUAAACUAUUGUUAUUAAAAAGAAAAAGGAUCUAUUCACGAGUUUAAACGGCUUCCAGGAAUCAAAUCAGUUUCAAAAACCUUUUUAAUGAGUGAGAAUUAUUCUAAAAAAUAAAAAUACAUGCUGAUUUAACCUACAAUAACAGUUGAGGCUAUUAUACUCGUGUUUAAUUGGCGUUAAUUGCACUUCAGUCAACAAAAGACUGUGGUUUAGCUGAUUUUAGUUGUAUUUUUGGCUCCUCCUUGAUAAAUGUUUACAGUUUUACUUCUUUAUUGAGUAACCUAUCCAUUUAAUUACGUUUUUUUUUUUUAUUCUGCAGGUUUGGGUGUGUCGAGUGAAACCGACCUCAGCUUUCCAUGAAAUCAAAAUUAAUUCCGGAUUUUAAAGCUUUUAUUUURGGGUGAAAUUGUAGCUGAAGAUCAUUUGAGCAGUCGUUUUUAUAUCCGCCUGUUAUUUUCUGCUCUGGAUGACUUCAACACGAUGAUAAAAAAAAAACAACAGAAGAAAUCUUACGGUCGAAUGCUCUUUUUUUUCUGCAGCGCCGUGAAUGAAUCGCUUGUGCAUGAAACGUCUCCGUUAAAGUUGUGAACAGUUCAGGUGUGUCGAGGCGGACCAGGUGGAAAGAAAAGUUCAACCUUCAGGUCAGUUGUGUGCUUCACAGGUUUUAGGAUUAUGUCAAAUAAUUCUCUGCAAGUUCUCCCAGCUGAAAGAAAAAGAGUUUUUGUUGUUUUUUUGCAUCAAAAAAAGUGACAAUCUCCUCCCAACGAAGCUGUUACCUUUGUUUUUUUUAUUAUUUUUUUAUUUUUUGUUCCAGUUGGGGAACAGAAGGAUUCUGGAUUGUUGUUUCUGAUGAAGCUGCAGGUUUUWGUUGUUGAUCGUGGAGAUGGAGAACAUUUCCCUCUCGUCAUGAUGUGCGUUUAAACAUGGCGGAGAGUUUGUUUUACUGCACAGCCGUACAUCAUUACUACCAUAAAAGCUGUACUGUCUCAUAAAAAACAAAACAAAAACAAAAAAAAAAACCAAGGCCAAUUAUUUAUUUAAUAUCCUCACUCUUGAAAAGGUGCUUUUAUGUAAUUUAUAUUUCACAUUGAUUGUUCAAACUAUAAAUGUUUUGUAAUAUUUAAUGGAACAAAAUGAUAUUUACAUUAAGUAUUUAAUGAAUUUGACAUCCAGUUUUUUGAUUGUUGCAAAUAAAAUUAGCUUGCUUUUUCUAAUAAUUGGCUGUUAGUCUGCUGUAGAAAUGUACAAAUGUAGCUUUUAUCAUUAAAGACGAUUCUUUUUUUGUAA